AUGACGCAGGGUCCGGGCGGGCGCGCGCCCCCCGCCCCCGAGCCCGAGGCGCCCACCACCUUCUGCGCGCUACUGCCGCGCAUGCCGCAGUGGAAGUUCGCGGCGCCCGCCGGCUUCCUGGGCCGCGGCCCGGCGGCUGCGCGCGCGGCUGACCCCCAGCCCGAGCCCGCGGGCCCGGCGGGGGUCCCCGCUCUGGCAGCCGCGGUGUUGGGCGCCUGCGAGCCGCGUUGCGCCGCGCCCUGUCCGCUGUCUGCACUCAGCCGCUGCCGGGCCGCGGGGGCGCGCGGAACGCGGGGCGCGCGGGGGACGGCUGGGCCCCCAGACGCCGCGGCCGACGAGUGGGCGCGCAAGGGCGGCUUCAUCCACAAGCCGGCGCACGGCUGGCUGCACCCCGACGCCAGGGUCCUGGGUCCUGGGGUCUCCUACAUCGUUCGGUACAUGGGCUGCAUCGAAGUUCUCCGCUCCAUGCGCUCACUGGAUUUUAACACUCGAACCCAGGUGACCAGGGAAGCCAUCAACCGGCUCCAUGAGGCUGUGCCUGGUGUCCGGGGCUCGUGGAAGAAGAAGGCCCCCAAUAAGGCGCUGGCCUCUGUCCUGGGCAAAAGCAACCUGCGCUUUGCUGGCAUGAGCAUUUCUGUCAACAUAUCCAUUGACGGCCUCAACCUCUCAGUGCCUGCCACACGCCAGAUCAUCGCCAACCACCACAUGCAGUCCAUCUCCUUUGCAUCGGGUGGCGACACGGACAUGACAGAUUACGUGGCCUAUGUUGCCAAGGACCCAAUCAACCAGAGAGCCUGCCAUAUCCUUGAGUGCUGUGAGGGCCUUGCCCAGAGCGUCAUCAGCACCGUGGGCCAAGCCUUUGAGUUGCGCUUCAAGCAGUACCUGCACAGCCCCCCCAAGGCUGUUGUGCCCCCUGAAAGGCUGACAGGGCUGGAGGAGUCAGCCUGGGGGGACGAGGAGGAGGCCACGGAGCACAAUUACUACAAUAGCAUCCCGGGAAAGGAGCCGCCCCUGGGCGGGCUGGUGGAUUCCAGGCUGACCGUCACACAGCCAUGUGCUCUGGCAGUCCUUGGGACCCUCGGACAGGCAGCAUGUCCUGCACGAAGAGACGCCUGUGGCCAGUGGGACCUGGGUACCUCCAGUCAAGUCCCGCCUGGAGACGGCUACGUGCAGGCAGACCCUCGGGGGCCAAGAGACUACGAGGAACACCUGUAUGUCAACACCCAGGGUCUGGACGCCAUGGAGCCCGAGGACGUGGUGCCUCUGUCGGCUGAGGACAGCCCCAAGAAGGACCUGUUCGACAUGCGACCCUUUGAGGACGCACUGAAGUUGCACGAGUGCUCGGUGGCAGCAGGUGGUAUGGCAGCCCAGCUCUCUUUGGAGGAUCAGUGGCCCAGCCCUCCCACCCGCCGGGCCCCCAUCGCCCCCACAGAGGAGCAGCUGCGGCAGGAGCCCUGGUACCAUGGCCGCAUGAGCCGCCGGGCAGCAGAGAAGCUGCUUCGAGCCGACGGGGACUUCCUUGUGCGCGACAGUGUCACCAACCCUGGGCAGUAUGUCCUCACAGGCAUGCACGCUGGGCAGCCCAAGCACCUGUUGCUGGUGGAUCCUGAGGGAGUGGUGCGGACCAAGGAUGUGCUAUUUGAGAGCAUCAGCCACCUCAUUGACUACCAUCUGCAGAAUGGGCAGCCCAUCGUGGCCGCUGAGAGUGAGUUGCAUCUGCGUGGCGUGGUCUCACGGGAGCCCUGAGCCAGGUUACUGUCCUUAGCCUGGCUUCUGCCCCCGAGAUACCCGUGCUGUGGCCUUGUGGCUCUCAGCCUUUCUCUUGGACCCCGUCAGCCCAGAACCACCAGAACUGGAACAGCCACUGUCUCUCCUUACUCCACAAGAGCCUCGGGAAUCUUCCUUCCUCCAGCUGCCCUGGGCUGGGCAGGGCCAGUGGUGUCCACCCCACUUGCUGGAGCAAAGGCGCUCAUACCAAAGACAGACCUCGUCUUUAAAGAAAAUACAUCAAAAUGCAGCCUCUGUGUGGAGACCUGGCCACAGGUCCCUAAUGGGGCCAGAGAGGCACUGUGUCCUCUCAGCUGGACUCAGGUUGUGUCCCAGGAAUGGAGGGUACCCAGCCUUGUGUGGAUGUAGACUCCUUCCCUGUCUGGGCUCCAUUUUUUCCACCUGACAGGCUGGGUGCACUGUUGUCUUUGAGGGGAAUUAAGGUGCUUUGGGGUCUUAGCUACAUGCUGACCUUGGCAUGGGGGCAGUCUUGGGAGCACCACUUGGGGUGGUGGAGGUGUCCAGGUGAGUUGAUGCAGGGCAGUUGUGUGGCCCUGCCCCCCUGGGAACAGGAGGAAGGACACCAGGGUGUGCCACCAGCUGCCUCCCAGCUGUUGAACCAACUGGACAUUGGACUCUAUAAUUAAACCUGGGGAUGACACAGCACUGAGCUUGAGCCACCUGCACAUUUAGGGGUCCUGGUAGGGCUGAGGAGCAAGGAUGAGGCUCCCAGGUGACAGCCAAGGAGGGGUUCAGAGGUCCUUCAUUGGCCUCAGGGACUAGAGGAGGAAAAGGUGGAUUGAAGCCUGAGGUUGGAGGAGAUUGUGGGUUAGCAAGAAUCCCCUUUAACUGUCUCAGACACCUCUGAUUUUAUUCCAAGAUAAAAUGAGCUUCAGCAUUUCUAUAGAGUUCACCCCUAGCUCCUCUGUGGAGACACAUGAACUACCUUCCACAUGCUGCAGACCUCUCCCAAGACCCCCCUCCCCCUUCUUAAGCACCCCCACCUGUCUUCAGUGUAGUUCAACGUCUUAGUGCCCCUCGACACCCUGACACCUUCGAGAUCCCUAACUCAGACCAGCUCCAUUCAAGUGCUCUGAUUCUGUGCUACAGGCCUUUCUUAUGUUAUCUCCAGGCUUUUGUCUCCCAGGGAACCCCCCCCCGCCACAGGACUCUUGUCAGA